GGGCAGAGAGAGAGAGAGAGAGAGAGAGAGCGUCCCAAGUAGCCUCCGUGCUGUCAGUGCAGAGCCUAACACAGGGCUUGGGCUCACGAAACGGUAAGAUCAAGACCAAGGCUGGAAUCGAGAGCCAGAUGCCUAACCCACGGAGCCACCAGGUGCCCUGGUUCUUUGUACAACAUUUUAAAAGGGAAGCGGAUAGGCCAGAGCAGAGGCAAAGGAGGGGCACCACGAGGGCAGAGGAUUUGGAGAGGGUCCGGUGGUUGAAGGAGCUGAAGAAGCUUUAUUUAAUGAUGUUAAGACCACAUGUAUCAGUCAGUCUGUAAGUGAGCACGUUGUGUGUGUGGUUAUGAAGUGUCCCAAACUGUAGGCGACUAGGAAAGAGAUCAUUUGUAGGGAUGGGAUUUUUAUUUGUGGAUACUGAGUGAGUGAUCAGGCAGAAGAGGAUUAGAAGUCUUUUAUUUUCUAAGGGCGUCGUGGGGAUCCCUCUGUGGGGGUCAGAGGACUCAGCUCAGGAGGCAAGGCCUUCCCCGGGGGUCAGGCACAGGCUGGGAAGAGACCCCGGCUGCUCCGGGAGGAGGUCCUGGGGCCCAGGCCACGUCACAGAAGUUACGAGAGGCUAGGAUGCGGGUAGGAUCCUAGCCUGGGGACCGUUCUCACCCGGCAGUGUGGGGUAGCCUCACCGAGAGAGGCCGUGCUGUUCCGUUCGCCCUGGCUGCACCCUGUCAUUUACACCCGUGGAAGGCUCGCCGCCAUGUCCAUGAGGAUGUGGGGAAUUCGCUGCACACACAUCCUCUGCCACCCAAAUCUAUUUGGUUUCUGUGUAUUGGAUGAUUUAUUGAGACCUGUUUGGGUCCUGAGUGGAGAGAGUGAGGGCUGCCUGCUUGGUCUCCUUUCCUCUGGGGCAGUUUGGACAGCAUCGUGCCUAGUUGCACGGGACCCACCCUUCCCUGGUCGUUCUUUUCCUCUCCGACCCCAUUUCCCUGCGGUUUUAAUGCAGAUUGCUGAUAACCCAUCUUCCUUUCCUCUCUCCCAAACUCCCACCCCCUUUUCCUCUCGAGAUGUUUAUAUGUUGUUCCUUAUACUCUAAAUAGAGACGGAGCACUUCCUCUCUGGUUCUGAUGACAUAAGGCCCCGUGCUGUGGAUGUGUGUCUAUAAAUACAACAACGCACACGUGCGCAUCCAUGAGUUCGUCGGUGCAGGGCUGACACACAGUGCAGGGAAAAAGACGUUUUCACGCAGCUGUGUCAUUGAUUUUUCUGGCCUUACUGAUCGGAUAUGCAGAAAAUUAAAAAAAAAAAAAGCAGAGGAAGUCGCGAUAUAAAAAAACAGAAAGAAAAACCACCACCACCCUGUGAAUCCUAGCGCUCUGUGCGGUUUCUGGCGUGUGGUGAGCCCAGGAGAAGCUCUCGCCAGAACGAGUCCCUGACACAGUGACCUCAUUCCCAGCACCACCUCUCCCGGGCGGUGGCAGGGGCCGACCCUGGCGUGCGAGGGCCUGCGUGGCGGCUGGGAUUCAUUGCAAAUAGCUCGCUGCAGCUAAACUUUGAUCCAGGGUUACAGUCGAGCUGCCUGUUACAGACAGGAGGGCGAUCCGUCCUGCUCACAAUGAAAAGCCAAUCUGAGAGAGAGAGAGAAUGUGUCAGGUUUAUAAUUACAGACUGGUGAGUAUAUGACGCUAGAUCAGUUUCAUUGUGUGUGUGUGUGUGUGUGUGUGUGUGUGUGUGUGUGUGUGUUUCAGCAAGCAUCUGGAGGUAUGAGCCCUUCUUUGCUAUUUCAGUGAGGCUCCGAUCUGAGUUGGUGCUAAUGCAGAGGAGGGGACCCAGGCCCCUUGCAAAGAGGAUGCACCCCCUCACAGCCCCAGGCCCGGGUGUGUUCCCAGCCCAGAGUCCCCGAGCUGCACAGACAAAAGAGCCGUUGCAGACACCCAGAGGCUGUAGCUUUUCUUGGAGCGAUGACUCAUUUCGGUUCACAAAGGAUUCUGGGCAGGGUAGUGGGAAGUCAGGUUGGCUGAUGCGUCCCUAUGAUUUCACUUUGCAGAGGACAAGGCAGAAGAGGAGUGAGGCUGCAGAUUCCCGAGGCACUGCGGUGCCAGUGGCUCUGGCGUGUGGGGUGGGCACGGCCAGAUCCCGGCUGCGCCCGGGGGGGGGCACGUAGGAGGAAGGACUGGUAAAGAGGAUGUGUGUGUUGGUUUUUUAUCCUAAAAUCGUUAACGGCAGAGCCCAUUCACAGAGCCUUUUUAAGGUGCUUCUUGGCCAGCUUUCGAACCGACCUUGAACCAGUCUGUUGAGCCCCGAAUUGUAAGAAGAGCUGAGAGUUCUGGAAAACUCAGUUUUUAAAAGUAGAUCUACGAAGGUAAAGUACCAGAUUCCUGUUGUGUCCCACGUGCCCUCAGUAGCCAAUCUGAAAUGCUCAUUCAGGAUAUUAUUACUCGAAGGUUUACUCUGUCUUCUUAUUCCAGAUUCUAGGACGUCCGUUUCUGUCACUGGCUCCUUCUUGUGCCUGGAUGCAACCCCCUAGCAUGCGCCAGGCUGUAGCGUCAGAGCUGCCUGGGGGAUGGAGCCAGUCCAGAAAGGGCCAGGUGAUGUGUCACCAAUCAGCAUGUCUCCCAUCAGUCAGUCUCAGUUCAUUCCACUCGGGGAGAUCCUGUGCUUGGCCAUCUCGGCAAUGAACUCGGCCAGAAAACCUGUCACCCAGGAGGCGCUGACGGAGCACCUGACCACGUGUUUCCCAGGUGUCCCCACCCCAAGCCAAGAGAUUCUCCGGCACACGCUGAACACGCUGGUGCGGGAGAGGAAGAUCUACCCCACUCCGGAUGGCUACUUCAUCGUGACGCCGCAGACUUACUUCAUCACUCCUUCUCUCAUAAGAACUAACAGUAAAUGGUACCAUUUGGACGAGCGGAUACCUGACAGGUCUCAGUGUACCUCCCCGCAACCCGGGACCGUCACGCCGUCCGCCUCAGGCUGCGUCAGGGAAAGAACGUUGCCGAGAAACCACUGCGACUCUUGCCACUGCUGCAGAGAAGACGUGCAUAGCAUGCACGCCUCGACGCUGCAGAGGAGACCCGCCAAGGACUGCAAAGACCCCUACUGUCCCCCUUCGCUCUGCCAGGCCCCCCCCACCGACAAGAGCAAAAGCACCGUCAACUUUUCGUACAAGACGGAAACUCUCUCGAAACCUAAAGAUGGCGAAAAGCAGUCCAAAAAAUUUGGGCUGAAGUUAUUCCGGCUGAGUUUUAAAAAAGAUAAGACCAAACAGCUAGCCAACUUUUCUGCCCAGUUUCCUCCCGAGGAGUGGCCCCUGCGUGACGAAGACACGCCAGCUACUAUCCCGAGGGAGGUGGAAAUGGAAAUCAUUAGGCGUAUUAACCCGGACCUGACCGUGGAAAACGUCAUGAGGCACACUGCACUAAUGAAGAAACUUGAAGAAGAGAAAGCGCAUCGGAGCAAAGCCGGGUCCUCUGCCCAUCACAGCGGAAGGAGUAAAAAGAGUAGGACUCAUCGAAAGUCCCACGGGAAGUCCCGGUCCCACAGCAAGACGCGCGUGUCUAAGGGAGACCCCUCGGACGGUUCUCAUCUGGACACCCCAGGUGACAGAGAGUAUGACUUUCGUGACCCGCUUACCAGGGCCUCCAGGGAGGGCUGCUUCAUCAUCGAACACAAAGGAGAUAACUUCAUCAUGCACAGCAACACGGACGUGAUCGAGUCUCACUUCCCCAUGACACCAGAAUGGGACGUGUCUGGGGAACUGGCCAAAAGGAGAACUGAGAUGCCUUUUCCUGAACCUUCCAGGGGAAGCUCCCACUCAAAAGUGCACCGAAGCCACAGCCAUACCCAGGACCGAAGGUCCAGGAAUGAGAGAUCCAACAAAGCCAAGGAGAGAUCCAGAUCAAUGGAUAACUCAAAGGGCCCGCUGGGUGCUUCUUCUCUGGGGACCCCCGAAGACCUGGCUGAGGGCUGUAGCCAAGACGACCAAACCCCCAGCCAGUCCUACAUGGAUGACAGCACGUUAAGGCCUGCACAAGCAAUUGGUCAUCAAAGGGCUCAUGUUUCGUCCGCGAGCUAUAAAGAGGUGUGUAUUCCAGAAAUAGUCAGUGGCAGCAAGGAGCCUUCCAGUGCUUGUAGCCUCUUGGAGCCAGGCAAACCACCUGAGAGUUUGCCAUCCUAUGGGGAACUCAACUCUUGUCCAACGAAAACAGCUACAGAUGACUAUUUCCAGUGCAACACCUCCAGCGAGACGGUCCUCACGGCACCAUCGCCUCUGGGGAAGACUAAAGAGGACCAUGACACCCUGACUCUGGCGGAAGGGGUAAAAAAGCUGCCUCUGUCCGACAGGCAGGCCCCGCAUUCAUCCCGGGAGCCUGUAGGGCACAAGGAGGAGUCACCAAAAGGGCCAGGUGGGGGCCCAGCUGUCCCGGGCGCAGUGGCAGAAGGGAUCGCCAAUGGACGCCUCGUCCAGCACCACAGCGCGGAGCCCAGCAGCCUGGACAAGAGGAAAGAGAUAUUCAGCAAAGACACACUGUUCAAACCUCUUCACAGCACCUUGUCUGUAAACAGCUAUCACAAAUCGAGCCUGUCCCUCCUCAAAUCUCUCCCGAAGACACCUGCCGACACACUGCCGGGCCGAUGCGAGAAGCUGGAGCCCUCCCUGGGGACCUCAGUGGCACCUGCCGUGCCUGGUUCCCAGCGUCAGCAGGAGUCCGGGGGGAACCAGGAAGCCUCUUUUGACUAUUACAAUGUCUCUGAUGAUGACGACUCUGAGGAAGGAGCCAACAAAAACACGGAGGAGGAGAAAAACAGAGAUGAUGUAGGCACCAUGCAGUGGCUCCUUGAGAGGGAGAAGGAAAGAGACUUACAGAGGAAAUUUGAGAAGAACCUCACCCUCCUUGCCCCAAAAGAAAGCGACAGCAGCAGCACCCAGAGGGCCACCCAUUCGGCGCGCCUCGACAGCAUGGACAGCAGCAGUAUCACCGUGGACAGUGGAUUCAACUCCCCACGCACUCGGGAGAGCCUGGCUUCCAACACGUCAAGCAUUGUUGAAAGUAACCGCCGUCAGAACGUUACCUUGAGCCCGGUGCACGGUGGGGCCGGACCGGCUUUCAGCUUCCGAGCGAGCACGGACCCCGCGACAAACGAAGCUGAGAAAUUACAGAAACCUUCCAGCUGCUUGCAGGCUUCUGUCACUAGCGUGUGACGGUCACUCUGCCUCAGAUCUCCCGGCUCCUUCCGACACAGCCAAGUUUACGACACUGGGACUGAUGUUUACAUCUUGGGAAAGACGAGCAUCUCGACCACAGUUUUUGUGUUUACUUAAACUGUGCUGCUAAGUAGGCUAGGGCAAAAACACACAAAAAUCUUUCUUUCGGAGUAUUGCUUUUCACAUGUAUGGCUCUGUAGCAACCGACUAGCAGUGGUAGGGGUGAUAUGUAACUUUUGCUUCACUACUUGUAACUGAGCACACAAAGGAAAGUCUAGACACUGUAAGUGUGAUACGCAUUCCAAUGUCAUGAAGUUGCCAAUCCCGUUUCUAAAUGCCACAGAUGUGUGUUGCUCCCAGUCUGUGGUCAGAGGGUGCCACGGAACUGAUCCUUGCCACUUCCAAAAAGAAAAAAACAAAAAAAGCAUAAGCCACCACAAAAUGUCAAAUGCGAGGGUCCACCUUGAGGGAGGUUCGUGUCGGACCGACCAGAAGGGACCCCAGCCCCGUGUGUGGGAGUUGGUCAUGCACCAGUCGUUUCUCACUGUGAGUUUUCGUGACACGGUUUUGCAGGAGCCCGUGGAAGUGUGUCAGAAAGGGUCAUGGUCGAAAUUCUGGGAGUGUCUGUUUUCAGGAUUUUGUUUUUACGUGUAACAGAUGCUUGUCUGAUUUUUUUAACCUUCCAUCAUCACAAACAGGAAUAUAGGCCUUUGAUUCUGAAGCGGACGAAGGAAGGGGACCCCCAGCCCGGCUGGGGCACGGCACUGGGGGAUGGAAGGGGGAAAUGUGGACUCUUAACCGGUGUUAAUCAAAUAUUCAAGGGAGAUAAUUUCCUCCUUGUGAUACUUAGGAUGAUCCUAUCUUACUAUAAUAGAUAACGAUAAUUAGUUUGUUUAAAAGCAAAAUGUUCUUUGUGAUACAAAUGAAGAGAAUGGCCUUGGGGGUGUUAUUCUUUCUAAUGGAAGGACAUUAAUCUAUUUUAUGUAGUUUUAAAUAGAAUGCCUAAAUUAGGCUGCAGGAGAUCAUUUUUAGUGGUUAUAGGAAAGAGCAGAUUUAAGGAGAGUUGAACUUCAGGCCUUUUAUUCCUGGAAAGAUAUCUAUAGAGAAAACUUUAAAAAAUAAUUUUUGAUGAGAACUAUACAUGUGCCCACAUACUUACCAACGGAAUGUGCUCAUUCUGCAAGUACGGUCUAAUCCGAACUUGGAUCCCCUGAAAUUUAUCAGAAUGACAAUUAUGCAUACAUGAACUAUGCCAGAGUGUUGUUUACAGAUAACUUUGUAACCAAUUGCAGGAGGCCAUUUGAGGUGGAUGUAUAGUUAUCAGCCGAACUUAUUCCAAAAUGGUUUGUCAACAUUUUGCUUUGGUUUAUGAUGUCACGUUGAAUACGAAAAAGACUCUAAGCAUUAAAGGGAUUACAAAUAAUCGGGCUUCCACUUUACAGAAAAGAGACACUUCAAAGUUCCCCCCCCCCAUUUUAUUCUUUGGGAACCCUGGACUAAAUGUGUAGAUGAUGAAAAGGUAUUUGCAGAAAGGUUACAUAUGACACAAGUAAAGUCUGGCAGGAAGGUUUAUUUGGUUUGGUGGCAUGUGAUGGUUUGGAGCCAUAUAACAUAAAAUAAUGUAUCCAAAAAUAAAUCUAAAGUCUUUCCACCUCAGACUUCAGUGAGCGGCAUAAAAAAUGUGUGAAACAUUUCUGCUUCAGCAUUAGCUUCAGUCACUAAGGAUCUGUGUAAAGAACACAGCCCUGGCCAUAGUUGGACUGAUUCUUGCGUUUUCAGGUAUUUGCAAGUUUCAUUGGGUCAAAUUUGACCCAUAAGGCUUAGAUACCUUUUUUUUAUGCUUAUAAUGAAACGUAAGCACGUUUCUUGGUAAGCCCCUAUACCACUAAAAUGUUUAAGUCAGUUGGCUUUGAAUCUCAUGCUUUAUUUCUUCCAAGGCAUGCCCUGAUUGCUCAGAAAUGAACUAUUUGUCUCAUUGCUUAAAUAUGUCCAGAAGGAAUGAUAAUGUAUCUAAUAGACUAUACACAGAGUCCAUUUCCUUGGGGAAUUGUAUACCAUACGAUUACUAAAUUCUUCUGUCUAAAUUCGUUUUUCUUCCCCCCCCCCCCAGAAAAACCUGCUCGCAAGUGUUGAAUCAUACUAUCAGCUCAUAAAUAAUGUAACCAUUGAAACAAUACAUCAGCCUCUAGUUGAUCCUCUGAAAGUGGCCAUUAUUAUAAUCAAAUGCUGUGUGGACAGGAAAAGAAAGCAUUACCCUUUAAGAGAAGCUUUAAAAUAUGACUUUAUCCAUAGUUCACAAGAAAUAGGUUUACAGAAGACGUUAUUCAAAUAAAACGUGUAUGCUAUUAGCCCGAUGCUGUUGGGGUAACAUGAUUUUAAAAACAACCAGAAACUCCCUUAGACCUGGAGCCAUUAGCGUAGAAAAGAUGGGCUUUAAAAACGACACGAUGUUAGGCAGACGUUCCAUGCGGAAAUAUCCCCGUCUGAAUCUAAUCAGGAUUCUCGGAUGGCGGAGGAGUGAGGCGGCAGGAAGCGUGAUGCAGACGUGACCCGAGAUGGUCAACGGCGGGCUUCUCCGUGACCCCAGUGCUCGGCUCGCGCCAAGGUUGCCCGCACCCGUUUCCCCCCUGCGCUGAUAGCUUUGUGUUCUGUGGCUGCUUAUCUAGUCUCCGCUUAGAGUUUCUCAGCUGAAAGGUUUACAAAGCUGAAUCUGGUUGAAUCUCUGUGUAGCGUUCAACCUGAAAGGGUCAACCCAUCUGUCGGCAUUUUGCACACAUAUGUAUUAUUAUGAUACAGCAUAUUACUUUAUGGUAAUUUUUAUUUUUACAUAGAACUACCUCCAUAAAUUUGAUGAAGCGGCAGCAGUGUGUUCAAGUGUGUUGUUCAGAGAAGCAAAGUUGAAAACUUUCGUAAACAUUCGGCCAUAGCGUUCUGUGUGUGUGUCAGUGACUGCCCCUGUGGGCUCGUGACUUUUCCAUGGCCGUGGUUUUGUUUUACGGCAUUAUUUUGCUUUCAGAUGUAAACCUGUCUCUCCUCCUCUCUUUCCCACAAAAGCACACUCAAUUUGGUUAGGAACGAAAGGAAGUUUAAAUUUCUUGUCUUUCCACCGCCCUCCCCCUCCCCCCUUCUCUGCUAAGAGUUCUCUCUGGCAAAGAGCAGAUCAGUAAACAUAGUUUAGCAACCUCUUUACUCCUGUAAGAAUCCGAUUGGAAUUCUAGGUUUUCGGUAACAGAAGUCUCACCAGAAAUGUGGACCGUGCCAGCUCUGAAGUACUUUGGGCCUCGCUGCCUCCGCGCGCUCGCCACCAUAUCAAGCCCAAACUUCAUAUUAAUUAAAAGAGCAGCGCUGCGGACUCGCCUCGUGUGUUAAAUCACUUGUAUCCAUUUUCUCUAUUUUGCACAUCUCAGGGGACCUUACUGAGCAUAUGAGAAGGGGGGUGCCACCAAAUAGAGAAAACAAACAAAAGAGCCAAAUGGGGACCAAGCAGGAUAAAAAUACCAAAUUACUGCUUCUCUGAUAUGGCAAAGGGCAAGUUCAGGAAGCAUACAUUGAAAGUUAAUCUAAAGUAAUGAUGAUCUGAACACCAGCUGUUCCCAAGUCUCCCUUUCUUAGAGCCCAGCCAGCAGUUUGAAGACGUAAAUUUAAAUUAUAUCGCAAUCGCCAUGGGGAAGGGGGGAAAAACCUGUUUGAUGAAAAGGAAAGGAAAGCACUGUGCGCUUUUUUAGGUUGGCACAGCUCUGUAAAACCUUACCCAGGACAGACCACUUAUUGCCACCAAGUGUACUUGAAGAUAACGUUUUUAACUUAAAUUAUAGGCAUAUUGCUCACAAUCCAAUAGGGAACCUAUUUUGAAAAGUCUCACCAUUUGUAACAUGGGCAGUAUUCGGAGCUUGAUUAAAAGCCAACAAUAAACUAUCAUGACUUUGCCCGCUCAUUUUGGGAUCUCAAAGUGCUUCCAAAGCAUUCAGAUUGGCAAACAAUUAACAAAGCAGGUCCUAUUUGUAAUCCCCAUACUUGAAAUGGACAAACAGAAGGAGUGACUUAAGGUGACCCAGAAACUCAGUGGCAGCUACCCGUGAUCUAUUUUCUAUCUGUUUGAUAGACCAUCCUGAGAAAUCACUAAAUACAAUGCUAUUUUUUUCUGAUGUGUGCUAAUAAAGUUGAAGAAAACAUACAACUGUACACUUUUGUCCAUUUUCAUUCAAAAAGUUCAGGGCGUUUGAAAUUUUACAAAACCCACCCAAUGCCAUUGUGAUCAGAGGAAGAUCCCAGACAGACACUCUUGUUUACAGUUUCAAACUGGGCUUCUGUAAUUCCUGUGCUGAAACACCGUCUUUCAGGCACACGCGCUCCUGGCCGUGGAAGGUGCUGAAACAGAAAUCGCAAUUUAAACCUUUAUCAAGUACUCUUCACAGUGCUGCUUUGAGCACAAUAGAAAUUCAGUACAAUGUAUUGAUUCCUACCUGGAAGAAUCUGGAUUUCCCAGGGAGCUCGUCUAGUUCCAAGGGUUUUCUCAAACUAGGAGAUAUCAGAUCAGAUCCUUGCUGGGGAACCUUCCCCAAUGCCACGGGCCAGUCACAGAACCAGCCAGCAUCUUGCCGUCAGGGGACAGCGGCCCCCAGGCAGAAGUGAUCCCUUCUUUCCUGUCCCCAUGUCCCCCUCCCCAGUACUGUCUUGCCCAUUCUCUUCUGUCCACGAGCCAUGCUUCUGCAUGUGUUUGGGGCUCAGGAGGCCAGGACACAGGAAGAACAAAUCCAAAAGCAUGGAAACCAUUGUUUUGCUUUGGGUUAAUAAAAUAUGGGCAGGAAGGAGAUUACAAUUGGUCUGAUCUUUGCCAAGUAAGAUAAAAGAAUCAGCUGUCACUCUGUCAUUCUCCCAGAAGGUUCUACAGUUUUAAGGAUACAUCUAAUAUUUUCCCAUAGAUUUUUAUUUAGGAGACAUUUCAUAAAUUAUAUAUAUGAAAAAGUUCAUGAUUAAAUUUCCCGGUGUGUUGAAAUAGGCCUUGGCAUCUCCCUGAUUGAGUUAAUCUCUGCGUCAUCUUCAGCAGCAUCCCAGAGAGAGAUUCCCCAGUGACUGCUCCUCCAACACAUAAUCCGGUGUUUUUACAGUUGUCCUAUGACUUACAGUUGCUGAUCUGCAAGGCUGAGAAUUCUACAAGGCUCAUGGGGGACCAAACCUUCUUACGAUUGUAUAUUAUCAGUUAUAGGGCUUUAACUGAUCAUUGUUGGCUUCAAAAGUGAACAUACACACACAUACACGCGUGCGCACCCACACACCCUGCCAACGAGGGAAGGGGGAGUUCCCAAGUGAGGCAGCGAUGACUCUGGAAGCAAACAGAAGGCCAGAGGCUUGGCUGGUUAGGGUACAGCCUACACCUCCCUGUCCAGAGGCUGACCUUGGCACCCCCGUUCACUGCUCCCACCAAAAAGAGGUACCAAAUCUGAGAUCCGAGAACUCCUCCAGGGUCAGUCCUCUGCAGUUACGGAAAAUUCAUGAAGUACGUACUCAGCAGCUCCGUGCCCGCCUUUCCUCGGAAGCCCUCUCCCCCUGUCCCCGUCCCGUUCCCCCGCCUGGAUACUGAGGCACCACCCCCGUUUCCACACUGGAAGGGCAAACUAGUGUGUGGCAUUGUGCACACAUGAUGGGUUAAGACUAGGGCUGCCCUAGGGUCACCUUCAUGUAAGUAUUGACAGCUACAAAUUAAGGUCCUUAGAGUAGUUGACAUAGAUACUACUUUCUAGAAGAGAAUUAAAUUUCAACGUUCAGUUUAAAGGGAUCAUAAUUCUGCAGGUAUCUUUCUCUGAGUGACUGAAUGUGACUAUUGCAUUAGGGUAAAUGAAUUAAGAAGUGCAAGUGGGAUUUACUGUAUGUUAGAAAGGAGUUUUGCAGCCAAGACUGCCUUGAAUAAAAUGUGUUUGCACUGAAAAAAAAACUUUAAAUUACUUGGUCUCUGGUUGCUGUAAAGGUCAUCCAAGAUGGAUGUUCUGUUUAUAUUGUAUAGUAUUUCAUAUGAAAUAAUUACAGUUCAUGAAAUGUCUUCCCUAAUGUUACUGAUUUAUGACAGCACAUUUGUAACUUGGUUUCUAUCGUGCCGGUGUGCCAUAUUGUAAAUGAUGGUGACUGUCAUGCUUAGUAUAAUAACUUAAAAGGAAAAAAAAGCACAGGGAUUUUUGUAAGUCUAUAUUUGAAAGUCCCUCCAUAUGGUAAUAUUGUGUUCAUGUUGUUUAUGUAGUGUUGUGUGAAAUAUCCAUUUUGGAUUGUGUUACUUUUUAAGAUAUUAAAUAACAUUUGGUUAUA